AUGCCCUACGUGUUUUGGGAACCCCUAAACCGUGCGGAGCGAGGAAUGCGGCUCAGGCUGGCCAACGGUCCCCUGAGGCGUAUGAGGAUUGUGGCUAGAAUAGAAGUGGUAUCUCUGAGACCUGCGAGGAUUGUAGCUCGGAUAGAAGUGGUAUCUCCGAGACUUGCGAGGAUUGCAGCUCGAGUAAACUUGGUGUCUUCGAGGCCAGCGGGGAUGUGGUUGACGGUGGAAACUUUUGGGAAACAAGAAAAUUACAGGGGAGACUCUGCCGAAUUUUCGCAUGGCCCUGGGUUGGAGCAAGUAGACAAGAUGGGCCUCGUGCGCUACACUGGCCAGGGUUGCACUAGAUUGGCGUUGGGCUUGACUAGCUGGGCCUUGUCUGCUGCACGAGCAUGGCUUUGUGCUUGCUACUCCAUGCAGCUUAGGCUGCUUCUACCUAGGCUUGCCUUUGUAUCGUGGGGAGGCUCCCCAGCUCAAUUCAAGAAGUGGCAGGCUCCUUAUGCUUCUGCCAUUCCUGAUGAUGUGCAUGUCAAGCUAAUGAAGCCUUUGACUCAUGAUGUGCCUUAUGUGGAUGCAAAUGAUCUAGAUGCUAGGAUCGUCACCUUCCGUCCGUUUUAUUUUUCCUUGGGCUUCACUUUCUAG